UUGGUCUAAGACAUGGGCUGACAAACUUUUUCCAUAAAGGGCCAGAUAGUAAAUAUUUUAGGCUUUGUGGGGUAUCUAUUUAUGAUUUAUUUUACUCCUAGUAUUAUUUCAUCUUUUAUACAGGUUAUUAAGGUUAGUAUUGCUGCAUAACAAAUUACUCCAAAAUUUAACCAUUGAUAUUCAAGAAGUGUUCAGCUGCUAGGUUCUUAUUCUGGGACUCUCAUGAUAUUGAGGUCAAGAUGUCAGCUGGACGCCAGGCGCCGUGGCUCACGCCUGUAAUCCCAGCGUUUUGGGAGGCCAGGGGCCUCCCAAAUUCAAAAGGAAGAGUCAAAGUCCACAUCUGUCAAUGGGAAGAAUGGAAAGGUCACAUAUCAUAUGUGGAAUGGGACAUAACAACUUUGGAAAUGAAAUCUCUUCCCCAGGUCAGUGUGCGGGCCUUCCACGCUGCCAGCGGAACACUGGAAUGGCGGAAGGGGAACGAGUACGGUAGGGGGAAAGGCUGGGGGUGGGGUCGGGUCGAGUCGAGGGAAGCUGGCCCGAGUGUGGACAGAGAUGGCGGUCUGCGCGUCUGUUGUUCCCAGCGCUCUGCGAAGCCUGAAAAGGAGGAGCAACCUGUCCAGAAUCCCCGUAGGUCCGUGAAAGACAGGAAAAGGAGGGGAAAUCUCGACAUGGAAAAACUCUACAAUGAAAAUGAAGGAAUGGCUUCAAACCAAGGCAAGAUGGAAAAUGAAGAACAACCACAGGACGAGAGAAAGCCAGAAGUAGCUUGUACUCUGGAAGACAAGAAGUUAGAAAACGAGGGAAAGACAGAAAACAAGGGCAAAACAGGAGAUGAGGAAAUGUUAAAGGAUAAAGGAAAGCCAGAGAGUGAGGGAAAGGCAAAAGAAGGAAAGUCAGAGAGGGAGGGAGAGUCAGAGAUGGAGGGAGGAUUAGAGAGAGAGGGAAAACCAGAGAUAGAGGGAAAGCCAGAGAAUGAAGGAGAGCCAGGGAGUGAAACAAGGGCUGCAGGAAAGCGCCCAGCUGAGGAUGAUGUACCCAGGAAAGCCAAAAGAAAAACUAAUAAGGGGCUGGCUCAUUACCUCAAGGAGUAUAAAGAGGCCAUACACGAUAUGAAUUUCAGCAAUGAGGACAUGAUAAGAGAAUUUGACAAUAUGGCUAAGGUGCAGGAUGAGAAGAGAAAAAGCAAACAGAAAUUGGGGGCAUUUUUGUGGAUGCAAAGAAACUUACAGGACCCCUUCUACCCUAGAGGUCCAAGGGAAUUCAGGGGUGGCUGCAGGGCCCCACGAAGGGACAUUGAAGACAUUCCUUAUGUGUAGUGUCCCUGGCAGGCAUUUACCAGGCCAUGUGCUUUAACCUUAUGGUAAUACUUUACUUUAGGCAUCCCUCCUGUUACUAGCAGCCUUUUGACCUGUCUGCAACACAGUGUUCUCAUUAGCAAAUGUUCAUCUGUUACAUGGAAAAAAUGUUGAUGGUGCAUUGUAAAAUUAAAAAACACAACUUGCAGAACCAAAUAUAUGGCAUCAGUACAUUUUUGUAAAGCUACAAAGAUACUUACCUAGUAAUAUAGUAUAGAAAACAAUUCUGAAAGCUGUGUCCACUAAAAGAUUAACAGUGGUUAUCUGUGGGUGAUUUUUUCUGUUCUUUUUUGUUCAUCUGUCGAUUUUUCUCCUAAAAACAGAUUUCUUUAGUCAUAAAAAUAAUAAAAGAUAAAAUAUUGGAAAA